GCCCCCAGUCCGGCCGAUAUCAGUGGUCGUGGUGAUAGCCUCAGCCUGCUCUGCUGCCACCGGCAAGCAUUCCAACCGAAAUUAUCAUUCUGGUUGCCAUAAUUGGCCACAUUCGACCGCUUUCCGGCCAGCUAUUGGCUCUCAAGCUUCCCGGGGGUGCUCCGAGUCCCGACGUCUUGGGACACUCACGUCUCCUCGACUGGCCCUGUUUUUAACGCUCACCGAAACGGGUUAACUAUCGGUAAAACCAUCCCGCACGGCACAUCUAGCCUGUCCUUGGACCCGUAAACAGGCAGACACGCUCCGUUGAAAUCUAUUCGGGCAGAAGAACUGUGAGAAACAAUGGGUCUACUAGCUCAAGGAACGGCUCUGGAUUGGCCAGCUGCCAAAAAGCAGGCUGAUUUGGUCAGAUCCUGGGGAAUCAAGCAACUGCUCGAAAUAUGGAACAAAGCCAAGGGCAAGGAGCGGGAUGCCAUGCUCUGGGGUGAUGAGGUUGAAUACUUGGUUGUGACUUACUCCGAGCAAGACCCUAAAAUCCUGCUAUCAUUGAGACAAGCAAGCAUCCUCGAGGCCCUAGCGUCCGAUAAAGAACUGUCUCAGGAUGGCAGUGCUCCAAAUGGCUCCAGUCCACAUGCCAGCCAGCCACUCCCGGUGUUCCACCCCGAGUUUGGCAGGUUCAUGCUCGAGGCUACUCCCGGGAAGCCCUGGGGAAUAGAAUUCAAGGAGCUCCUAGAAGUCGAGCCGGACAUGAAGCUGAGGCGGCGUAUCGCGAAAGACCACAUGCUCGCAGACGAAUACCCCAUCACAUUGACGACCUUCCCAAGACUAGGCAGCCCAGGGGUUUUCACCAAUCCCUUCUAUCCGGUCUCAGGCUGCAAACUGAGGUCCCAGUUUGUCCCCGAUGAGAUCGCAAACCCUCACAUUCGUUUCCCCACGCUCGCAGCCAACAUCCGCUCUCGUCGUGGGCGGAAGGUGCAGGUGAACGUGCCGGUUUUCAGAGACGCGCAGACCCCCUGGCCGUGGCGUGACCCAACGGUCAACUUCGACCUUCAUGAGUGGCCGGAAGACGAUGAUGUUCGUAACGGCGCCGCGCCCGACAACUUCAUUCACAUGGAUGCUAUGGCGUUCGGCAUGGGCAGCUGCUGCUUGCAGAUCACGUUCCAGGCGAAGAACAUAACCGAAGGAAGGCAGAUGUACGACCAGCUCAGCCCGCUCGGGCCCAUCAUGCUCGCCCUGACGGCCGCGACGCCUAUCUAUAAGGGUUUCCUCGCCGACACGGAUGUCAGAUGGAACCAAAUCGGCAACGCGGUGGAUGACCGGACUCCCGGGGAGAUGGGGGAGACGCCUCUCGCGAACGACCGCUGGCGGAUACCCAAGUCGCGAUACGCCUCGAACUCGACUUACAUCUCCGAGGACUCCCGGCUGCGGCAGGAGUACCUCGACCCAGACCUCGUCAUCGAUGAAAGCAUUAAGCAGCAGCUCGUCGACGGCGGUAUGGAUGACCGGCUCGCCACGCACUUUGCCCACCUCUUCAUCCGCGACCCCAUUGUCAUCUUCUCUGAAGACUUGAAGGAGCUCGAUAUGAACAAGACGGACCACUUCGAGAACAUCCAAAGCACCAACUGGCAGCACAUGCGCUUCAAGCCGCCACCGGCCGACAACAGCAUCGGAUGGCGCGUCGAGUUCCGGCCCAUGGAGAUCCAGAUCACCGACUUCGAGAACGCGGCCUUCUCCGUCUUCAUGGUGCUCGUCACGCGCGCGAUCCUCAGCUACAACCUCAACUUCUACAUCCCCAUCAAGAAGGUGGACGAGAACAUGGAGACGGCCCACGCCCGCGACGCCGUGCUCGCGCGCAAGUUCUACUUCCGCCGCAACCUGUUCCCGCCCACCCGCUCCGCCCGCAGCUCCGGCUCGGGCGCCUCCACCCCGAGCACCAUCAGCCGCCCGCCCACGCCCACGGGGCCCGUCGAGGACGAGUACCGCCUCAUGAGCAUCAACGAGAUCAUCAACGGCACCGCCUACGCCGCCGCCAACCCCUCCUCGGCAGCCGCCGCCGCCGGGACGGACGACGACGACGAUGCCAACGACGAGAACGACGACGACGAGGACGACGACUUCCCCGGCCUGAUCCCCCUCGUCGAGAGCUACCUCGACUCGGUCAACGUCGACGUCGUCACCCGCUGCCACCUGGCCACCUAUCUGAACCUGAUCCGCAAGCGCGCCAGCGGCGAGCUGUGCACCGCCGCGACGUGGAUCCGGGAGUUUGUCGCCAGCCAUCCCGAGUACAGGCAGGACAGUGCUGUCGGGGAGGAGAUCACCAAGGAUCUGAUUGCGGCGGUGAUCCAGGUCGGGCAGUGCGAGGCGGAGGGGAAGGGGUUGGAGGCGGUUCAGGGUGUGCCGGGGCUGGAUGCGCUGCUGGGGGGGUUAAGGUGAAGUUCCUCUAGUUGCUCUAAAGGGGCGUGUGAGGGGCAGUGGCAGGCGGGUGUUGAUGUUGGAUAGGGGGGCUCAAGGUACGUGGGGGUAGGUGGAAUGUGGUGGUGUAUAGAGUGGUUUUGGCGGCCUACUGCG